AGCAGGAGCAGCAGACUCCCCGCAGGGAUCCCCAGGGUUACACACACACUGCUGUUCAGAUGGCUGACAGAAAGGAGUAACUUGGUGACCGGUGCUGCAGAAACUUUGUGAUCAUCCAGCAAGUGUCGCAGGGCACUAACUACACCAACAAUGGAGCAAGAGUUUGAAGAAAUUGAUUCGGCCGGGAAAUGGCAAAACCUUUACAAUGAGAUCCGUAACCAAGCCAGCGAAUAUUCCUACAAAGUGGCUAAACUUCCAGUGAAUCGGAAUUUGAACCGCUACAGAGACGUCAGCCCAUAUGAUCACAGUCGGGUAAAACUUGAAAACUCUGAAAAUGACUACAUCAAUGCAAGUUUAGUCAUGGUGGAGGAAGCCCAAAGAGCUUACAUUCUUUCUCAGGGGCCUUUGAGGAAUACAUGUGGUCAUUUCUGGCUGAUGAUUUGGGAGCAGUGUUCCAAAGCUGUUAUUAUGCUCAACAGAAUCAUUGAAAAGGGAUCUGAAAAGUGUGCACAGUACUGGCCCACCACAGAGGAGCUGCAGAUGUCUUUCACAGACACAGGGUUUGUUGUCAGGCUACUUUCUGAGGAGGACCAAUCCUAUUACACGAUCCGAACGCUAGAACUGCAAAACACAAUGACGGGGGAGUCUAGGGAGAUCUACCACUUUCACUACACCACGUGGCCUGACUUUGGUGUCCCAGAAUCUCCCGCCUCCUUCCUCAACUUCCUCUUCAAUGUUCGGGAGUCCGGCUCGUUGGGCUCAGAGCAUGGGCCAGCAGUGGUGCACUGCAGCGCUGGGAUUGGACGCUCAGGGACCUUCGCCUUGGUGGACACCUGCCUGGUCCUGAUGGACAGGAGGAAGAACCCAUCAUCAGUGGACAUACAGAAGGUGCUACUGGACAUGAGGGAAUACCGCAUGGGCCUGAUCCAGACCCCCGACCAGCUCCGCUUCUCCUACAUGGCUGUCAUCGAGGGAGCCAAGCUCAUCUUGACAGACAACUCAGCAGCACAGCACUGCAAGCAGAGAGUGGUGUCUAGAGAUAACUUGGAGCCAGAGCUGCCCCCUCCACCACCUCCGCCCAGACCUCACCUCAACGACAGCAGGCCCAACGGUCAGCCGGGACCCUGCCUGGAGCCUCAGGCUGCCUCAGAAGACCACCUGCCGGCAGGAGAUCCAGACAGCCAAGACCACAACACGGCAGAGAACUCUGGGCAUGUCAGAAAGCGACACCGUGAGGAGAGGAUCUCCAGCACCUCACAGAGGGUCCAGCAGAUGAAACAGAGACUGACCGACUCGGAGAGGAAACGAGAGAAGUGGCUGUACUGGAGACCCAUUCUGCUCACCGUCAGUGCUGGGGCAGCUCUGACUGUCGGCCUGCUGGUGUACUGGAUGUACUCCCAGUGAAACACUCUGGGUCGCUUAAAACUGACUCCUAUUUUGCACCAGUACCUGGGAUUAGGUACUUCUAUAAGUAGAUUUUAGAUGGUAAUAUGUGCAUAACUGAGGGUAUUUAUUUCUUAAGGUCAAAAUGCAGGAGCGCUAGAUCAAAUGAUUGUGUGUAUAUUUUUCAUGUAAGAUCUAAAAAAUAGUAACAUCUCAGGAUCUUGGUGCCAGCACGAUGAUAUAAUUUCCUUUACUUCUUGCCACUGUUGAUGAAUGUACUGUAUCAUAGCAAAUUGCUUUAAAAGAAGCGUACGAAAGGUGCAGUACAAAGCAAAAAAAAAAUAAAAAAUUGACAGGUUUGUUUUUGCAUUGUGUGUUGAUCAUCUGUGGUCACACUUUGCAUUUAAAAGUGACUUGUGUUGACUGUCCAUCCUACCAUAGAUACGUGGGAAGCCUCCAGAGCCUAGAGGUCAGCCAUGACAUUUGUUUUUGUGUAAUGAAAUUUGCAUUUCAUGCAUGCGUUUAGAGGUUUUCUAGAGCACCACUUGUUCUUCCAUUAACAUUUUGCAGGGCAUCCCAAUAAUGGUCAGAUAUGUAUUUUUGUGAGACUGGACACUUCAUGGGGAGCUGCCUUGCUGAUGUUUCAAACUCUGCUAGAAUGUUAACCUUUUUAGUGUCUGUUUUAUGAGCACGUGUUUUUUCAUAGGUUUUGUUUGUCACAUGGAUCCAUACAAGCUGUCAGGUUGCUCACCGCUUAGUGUGUGUAUUUACCCACUGGAUGGGCUCGUGUGUGUGUGUGUGUGUGUGUGUGUAUGUUAUCAGGUUAUCCCACUGUUGUUUUUGAGGAAACCAAAGCAAAGCUGUCCGUUUUUUGAAAGGUAACCGCCAGACAAGCUGUUAAAUAAUGAAACCUUGUACCCCCAUUAUGUGGAAUGUUUUGUUCCCUGUUGGAUCUCUUGUCAUUUUAUUUGUCACAGAAUUGGUUUUCAAUUGACUGGGACCAAUCUAAAGCUAAAAUAGUGCAUUUUAGAAGUUUGAGCAGAGCACCUUUUGAUAGGAGUCCAGUUAGGAGAGAACGACGGCAUACACGUCUUCACCUGGUUGUUUGCUGGUCGAGAUACCUUUUGUAAUGUGCCUUGAAGUGAAUUAAAUGGGACAAUGUACGCUCCAAGGUUUCCUAGCAUGGUCUUAACAGAUAAAGGUUUGUGUAAGCUGUUGUUCCCCACAUAACCUGAGUAACAUGUUAGGACUGCACUGGUUUGUUGUAGCUGGAGGUGUGAUUCAUAAAUUGUAUCAGAGUUGAUUGCACACCAAACGUGUCAUAAGCAUGUACCUGACUCCUGAGAUUAAUUGAUGUGUUCCUGAUUGGCUAGUUAUCAUUGUUGGACUGUUGGCUUUUACUCACUUCUCAUUUAACCCAGAAGAGAUGCGUUUGGCCAUAACAUUCCAUUUAUCCUUGUUUUCCACAUAAAUAUAUUUCAGGGGAGUUUUGUACAUUGCUGAGCUGCAGUGAGAACAUUACAGAUGUGUGUUUUGAAAAAAUAAAAUAAAAUAAA